GUUGGCCUCUCUGAAGGCCCCUGGGCGCCUCCAGGGGCCUCCAGCGGGGGGGACCUCCGCGAUAGGCCGCGCCGCGGCGACCAGGGGCCUCUCUGCGGGGGCCUCCGCGGAGACCGCCGGAGGCCUCCGAGACUUCCGAAAACUACAGGCAGUGUGCCGGGGCCUUUGAGUCCAUAGGGGCCACAGGGGUUCUGAGGGGCAGCGGGUUGCCGAUGUCUUUGCCGGCCGACCUCUUCGCCCUCCCGGUGCGUGCGGAUGCAGAACAGACCUUAGAGGUGGCGUGCCAGCGGAUCCCGUUGAAAAGUGAGCAGGUCGGGGCAGUGAUAGAUCCGGGACUACAGUGGGCACCCCACCAAAAGGCACUGGCCUGCAAGCAGGUGCUCCGCAUGGAGUGCUCCAGUGUUGCCCUUCUCAUGCCGGUGGCAUGGAAUCCAAGUCAGCUGACCUACGCGGAGUACUCCAGGGCUUCCGGAGCCCACCACUUGGCCAUCCACCGCCCCGCCGCUGCCGCCGGCGCCGGCGAGGACGCGGCGCCCAGCAGCGUCGCGGAGCUCGCGGAGGCGCUGCGGUCCCAGGAGGACCGCCUGCUCGAGGCGCGCCGCGCCUCGAGCCUCGCCGCGGCCGCGCUGUCGCGCGCCGCGCUCGCGGAGGCGGCGGAGGCCGCCGCGCUCGCCGAGGCAGAGGCGCCGGCGGGAGGGCAGACCCCGGAGACGACGCCUGCGCCUGGUGCGCAGCGGAGGAGGCCGCCUACCUGUGCAGGGGCUGCGGCCUCGCGCGUUACUGCGGGCCCGCCUGCCAGCGCCUGGACUGGAGGGGGGCGCACCGGGAGCGGUGCGGGCGCGCCGGCUCGUGACCACCUCCGCGCGCGGGCGCGCGCGAGCGAGCGCGCCCGGUCCUGCCCGGUGUUUUUGUUGCGUUUGCCGACCUGCGCUUGCUGCUUCCAUCGGACGUUUGAGAAGAGCCGUGGAGCCGCUAUCGCUGCCCGGCAGCUGGAUUCCUCCAGCCUGGGCGUGCUGUGGCCCGAGCGCUCCACGCCUGCAGAGUCCAGCGAGUAGAUGCGGCCAGUCUGCCGCUCAGGUGUCUGCGUGUUGAUUUCGUAUUGGGGAGCUUCAGGCGCUCCAGAGCUUUCAUGUCAUGCCAUUUCUUCCGUAGGGCUGGAGUUGUCGGAGCUCCUCGGAGGCAUUCGGAGGUGCCAGGAUGUUUCCUCAUUAUAUAUUGAAAUAUAUGCAGCCAGAAGCGAGG